AACGCUACUCUCUAUCUCACUUUUUCACCAUUUUGAGACAUCCGUUGUGAGAGGGACAAAGAGAUAAAAGGAGUUCAACUUAGACAACAAGCUACUAACUAAACAUGUCAACAUUAAUCGGAAUAAUGUGCAUAGUAGCAUUGCUUGCAAUAUGCAUUAGCCAUUACUGGAUUAUGAUCAGGUGGAGAAAUCCAAAAUUCAAUAACAAAAAUAAGAAGAUUCUCCCACCAGGCUCCAUGGGCUGGCCUUUCAUCGGAGAGACUCUCCAUCUCAUCAUUCCAAGUUACUCUCUUGAUCUUCACCCCUUCAUCAAAACCAGAAUUCUAAGAUAUGGGACUAUAUUUCGAACAAGUUUAGUAGGUCGGCCUGUGGUAAUCUCAGCUGAUCCGGAGUUCAACAACUACAUUCUUCUUCAAGAAGGGAAGCUGGUUGAGCUCUACUAUUUGGACACAUUUUCCAACAUCUUUAAGCAAACUGGUGAUGAUCAAUUCCGACCAAAUGCUGCUGGUCUCGUCCACAAGUACGUUAGGAGUAUUUUUCUUAGUCACUUUGGUGCUGAGAUCCUCAAGACAAAAUUGCUAAAUCAGAUUGAAGAAUUUGUGGAGAGAACUCUGUUUUCAUGGUCGAAUCAGGCAUCCGUUGAAGUAAAACGUGCAGCUUCUGAGAUGGUACUAAAUUUUAGUGCAAAGCAAAUAUUCAGCUACGACGCAGAAAAGGCACCGUUUGAUUUAAGUGAGAAAUAUAUGAAAAUCAUAGAUGGUCUAAUGUCUUUUCCCUUGAACGUCCCAGGUACAGCAUACCAUAAAUGUUCAAAGGACAAAGAAAAGGUGACAAACAUGAUUAGGGAUAUGCUAAAGCAUAGACAAAAUUCGCCCCGGAAAGGUCAUGAAGGAGAUUUUCUUGAUCAGAUCAUCAGUGACAUGGAUAAAGAAGAGUUUUUAACAGAGGAUUUUAUAGUCCAGCUGGUGUUUGGUGUCUUAUUUGCUACCUUUGAGUCCGUUUCGGUAAUAGUGGCAUUAGCUUUCCAGUUACUCUCUGAGCAUCCUUCUGCAUUGCAAGAAUUGACUGCCGAGCACGAAGCAAUUCUUGAAAAGAGAGAGAACACAAAUUCAUUUCUUACUUGGGAUGAAUAUAAAUCAAUGACUUUUACUCUUCAGGUUAUCAAUGAAACUCUAAGGCUAGGAAAUGUGGCACCUGGAUUAUUGCGUAGAGCACUGAAAGAUAUUCCGGUUAAAGGAAAAGGAUUUACAAUUCCAGCAGAUUGGACAAUUAUGGUUGUCACCUCCGCUCUUCACAUGAGUCCCAACGCAUUUGAGGAUCCUCUCGCGUUCAAUCCAUGGCGAUGGAAGGACCUUGAGCAACAUGUUAUAACGAAGAAUUUCACGCCUUUCGGAGGAGGAAUGAGACAAUGUGCAGGUGCUGAAUAUAGUAGAGUUUUCUUGUCAACUUUUUUCCAUGUUUUGCUCACCAAAUAUAGGUGGACAAAAAUUAAAGGGGGAGAAAUUGCUCGGAGUCCUAUUUUGGGAUUUGGGAAAGGCAUCCACAUUAAGUUCACGAACAAGCAUAAAAUUAUGGUUCAUUAAGAAGAGAUGCCUAUUUCAAUAGACUAACGUUCCAGGAGUCUCGUUUACUUGUAUAAUGAUAGUAAAUGUUUUAGUCAAAGUCAAUAUAUGUACCUUGUAAUCGACCCUUCUCUGUGAUCUAUAAAAAAGACAGAGUGAGCCGAGGUGGCUUGACAUCAGUAUAGCGUCUUGUUGAAAGACACUCCAAUACUUAAGUCAGUUUUAGAUAUGCUUUGACAGAAUAUGGAGGUUGAGACACGAUGACUUAUAUUAAAUAAGAGUUUCAUUCAA